AAUAAUCAAUAUUGCUUCACGUUUCUCUAAGACGAUCUCAGGACCUCCAGUUUUAUCUGCUGACCCUUUGAGGCCCAAGGCCCCCAUGUUGGACAUCAUGGUAUACAAAUAUGAAAGUUGAAAGUUUUAAACACUGAGAUGAUUCAUUUCCGUUUCAGCAGCAGCUUUGAUCUCCUCAUUAAUAUUGAUCAGAAAGAUCAGAUCAAUAUUGUUUUCAGAUUCUCUGUGAAACAGAUCAUCGGCUGACAAAAUCAGCUUCAUCUCGUCCUGCUGGCAGACACGUACGGGCCGGUGACGUCACCUGGUGAGAAUGACCGAAACGUCAUGGCUCACCUGGAGGCCCCGCCCCAAGGCUUUAUAACGAGGCGGCCAGGUGAGGGGGGCAGACCGCAGGAAGCAGCGCUCUGGUCGGAUCGGACCUCCAGGAUUUGGUGACGAUGCUGCAGAUGAACGAGUCGGAGCUCCAGCUGCGGCUGGUGGCGUUCAGCUUCGAGACGCGCUUCGAUGAGCGCGGAGCGAUCCAGUGGAUGCAGGAGAACUGGAACAAGUCGUUCAUGUUCAGCGUGCUGUACGCCGCCCUGGUGUUCGGAGGUCAGCACUUCAUGAAGCCUCGACCCAAACUGAACCUGCGGCUGCCGCUGGUCCUCUGGUCGCUGAGCCUGGCCGUGUUCAGCAUCAUCGGAGCGAUCCGGACCGGGUCCUACAUGCUGCACAUCCUGAGCGCCAGCGGCUUCAGACGCUCCAUCUGCGACCAGAGCUUCUACAACGGCCCCGUCAGCAAGUUCUGGUCCUACGCCUUCGUCCUCAGCAAGGCUCCAGAACUCGGCGACACGGCGUUCGUGGUGCUCAGGAAGCAGAAGCUGCUCUUCCUCCACUGGUACCACCACAUCACAGUGCUGCUCUACUCCUGGUAUUCCUACAAAGACAUGGUGGCCGGCGGCGGCUGGUUCAUGACCAUGAACUACACCGUGCACGCGCUCAUGUACAGCUACUACGCCGCGCGCGCCGCCGGCUUCCGCGUGCCCCGCCCCUUCGCCGUGGUCAUCACCAGCGCCCAGAUCGCCCAGAUGGCGAUGGGGCUGACGGUGAGCGGCCUGGUGUACCGCUGGAUGCAGCAGGGCGACUGUCCGUCCCGCAUGGACAACAUCACCUGGGCCACGCUCAUGUACCUCAGCUACCUGCUGCUCUUCUGCAACUUCUUCUACCAGACCUACCUGCGCCGCGAAGCCAAGGCCAAGAGCCAGUAGGACCCGCCGCACCGGAGGGCGGCGCUGCUGAGCUGACCUGACGCUGCCGCAGCAAAUGAAGGGAAACCAGCGCAGAAGACGGAGUUCAUUUAUGUCUGGGAAGUGAAGGAGCGUUUCAGGACCCUCUAAUUCCUGACUGCAGGUCCAAAGAUGGUUCCGAUCUAAAGAAACAAACGUAAAGCUCAGCUGCUGAACAGAGGUCCGAAAAUAUUCACGAUAUUUUGUUUAAAUUUAUCAGCUUUGGACCCAGAAAAUGUUCUGAACCAUUAUUACCUUCAGCCUCAUUUCCAAAAUAUUUGAAAUAUGUAAAAUAUAUAUUUACAAUCUGAACCAUUAGAACCCGUCUGGUCCGAUACUCUGGUUCUACUGUUUCCUGGUGAACCCAUUUUGGCUGGCGAGAGGAAACCGGGUCAGAACUGGAACUUAAACUUUUACUUCUGUAAAUAUUUCCAUCAGUUUGUCUUUAAAGUGUCAAACUUCUGAUUCUGGAACCGAUCCAAAAGAACCGGUUCAGAUUCAGCUCAGCAACGCGCUCCUGGUUUUUAACGAGGCAUGAAGGCAGCUGAUUGGCUGCUGGAAGGUCACAUGUCUCACGUGACUAAGCUCAUCCUGUUGGGGUCUCACGUGUUGGAGCUGGUUCUGGUCGGUGUGAUUGUGGAAACGGGUUGGAGUUCUGAAGGAAACCAGCAGCUGACGUCACAGCUGGUGUCCAUGACGAAGACGAGAUCUUCCACCAAAUGAUCACCUGGACGUUUUCCUGGGAGGGAAAUUGGGAUAUUUAUGGUUAUUUAUUGUUUAAAAAUGUAAUAAAAUGACUUUUUCAAUUUGUUCA